CCGACUCGUCUGCUCCACCGAUACCCCAACUGAAUCCCCCCACCCGACCCGCAAACCCCAAGACCCAGGCAGCUGUGUCGGGUUCGGAGCCCGGAAAAGCCCAAGGACAUUAUCUGCAGAAUAAUGGCCAAUCGGGGAUGGACGACCUCCAGAUUUCCAGAUCAGCGUCUCAUCAACUCCAGAUUUCCUGCAAAAACUCAAGAUCUGCAGGUAAGGGCAUCUCUGUGGAUGUUGAACACAUCAAUUUGCAUUGAUCUUAAGUGGAUCUCUGGAAGUCUUUGUUUUCUAUCUUAUUCUCUGAUAUCCCUUAUGGGCAAACGAAGAAACAGUCUUUUUUGGGAGAUUGAGAGAUUUGGGUUAUCACUUCGGCUCUGGUCAAGCAUGUCAAAUCCCCUUUGCAUCUGUGUAGGCACAAUGAGUUCUAUUACUAGUGGGACAACAAAGAACGAUCAUGCUUGGCGAUGGAUUAAACAAAUUCCCGGGGCGUUGAAGUACUUCUUGUGUGCAUUUUGUGAUCAAAGAAAUACUGGUGGCAUAUUUCAAGCAGCAUUUAGUUGGCACUCAUAAAAGAAUCAAACCUUGUAACAAAGUUCCACAAAAUGGGAAAGAUUGGUGCACUAUAGCACUUAAAAGAAAUGAAGAAGAGAAACGAGCAAGGAUUAAGGUGCGUCGGGAGAUAGGGGGAUUGGAAAGUCUAGAAGAAGAAGAUGCUUGGUGUUUGGUGAUUUUGUUGAAUCAUAUGGUUUUAGUACUUGCUUAUUAUGAAUAGAUGACAAUUUAUAAUGUUCUUUUGGUUACAAUACAUGUUCUAUAUAUACUAAUGAUUACAUAAAUACAAUUCAUUUAUACGUAAGGCUUACGCCUUACGCCUCAAGGUGAACGCCUUGCUGA